AUGGGUCACUCGCACGGUUUGAGACGCGGCACCCGGUAUGCCUUUGCCCGUAACUUCAAGGAGCAUGGCCAGAUUCGGCCCUCGACCUACCUGAAGACCUACCGGGUUGGCGACAUUGUCGACAUCCACGUCAACGGUGCCGUCCAGCAUGGUAUGCCCCACAAGGUCUUCAACGGUAAGACCGGUGUCGUCUACAACGUGACCAAGUCCUCCGUCGGUGUCCUCCUCUACAAGGUCGUCGACAACCGCUACAUCGAGAAGCGCCUGAACGUCCGCAUCGAGCACGUCAAGCACUCCCGCUCCCGUGAGGACUUCAUCAGACGUGUCAAGGAGAACGCCGACAAGAAGCGCCAGGCCAAGGAGCAGGGUGUCCAUCUCCACUUGAAGCGCCAGCCCGCCCAGCCCCGUGAGGCUCACACCGUCGAGGGUAUCACCCCCGAGACCAUCGCCCCUGUUGCUUACGACACUCACAUUUAAACGAAUGGAUUCGGUCGACGCGGUUUGGUGUUUCUGGGUUUUCUCCAUCUAUGGGUGGAUUUGCAUUCAACGAAGCGGAAUAUUAUAAAAAAUAUUAUAGGGUUUUUCGUUGUUCCGGCACUUGUAAGGCUUGUGCAUAGAUUCCCUUGAAUGAGAAAAAAAGAAAAAUUCUCAAUUUCUUUUUGUUUCAACUGCCUGGCCGCAUUUCCCUGGAUGACUACGGAUAUCGUGCAGCCCCUAUAUACAGAUGAGGAACCAAAAGCACUUUUGAAGCCAUGAUAAUGAUGUGGAAUACUGGAUCCAGACUGGAGGUGAACUACGGCGUCCGCAGCCAAGCCAUGCCACCUUGUAGCCGUAGAAGUCUCGAUUCGCCCGCUAUCACUACUUAGGAUUCGACAUACACAAUCCAGCCCGGGCUUUUGGUCACUGUACUACGCAUGUAGGGCUCAUGACGUCGAGACGAUCCGGGGAUUCAUACAACAUCGAUCUAGAGACGGG